CACGGAUCAAGUAAGCCCAAAAGAUAUUACAUUUCGGCCCAUAAUAGCUAAAGGCUAUUUCUACUUUGCCCAAAUGAAGAGAGUAUAAAUUUGCAGACCUCGUUAGAUAGGGUUUUUGUCGGCAAAGAUUCAACCCACUGCAGUAUUCAGGUUGAAGGAGGCGAUCAAUGUCGCACAGGAAGUUUGAGCACCCAAGGCACGGGUCCCUUGGUUUCCUCCCAAGGAAGAGGGCAGCUCGCCACAGGGGAAAGGUGAAGGCUUUCCCUAAGGAUGACCCUAGCAAGCCUUGCAAGUUGACUGCCUUCCUUGGUUACAAGGCUGGGAUGACCCAUAUUGUCAGAGAAGUGGAAAAGCCCGGAUCAAAACUCCAUAAGAAGGAGACUUGUGAGGCUGUUACCAUCAUUGAGACACCACCCAUGGUUAUCGUGGGUGUGGUUGGGUACGUGAAGACUCCACGUGGGCUUCGCUGCCUCAACACUGUUUGGGCCCAACAUCUGAGUGAGGAGGUUAAGAGGAGAUUCUACAAGAACUGGUGCAAAUCCAAGAAGAAGGCCUUUACCAAGUACUCCAAGAAGCUGGAGACUGAUGAGGGAAAGAAAGAUAUCCAGGCCCAGCUUGACAAACUCAAGAAAUACGCGUUUGUUGUCCGUGUGCUUGCUCACACUCAGAUCAGGAAAAUGAAGGGACUGAAGCAAAAGAAAGCCCACCUGAUGGAGAUUCAAGUUAAUGGUGGGACCAUUGCGCAAAAGGUUGACUUUGCAUAUGGUUUCUUUGAAAAGCAGGUCCCAGUUGACGCUGUCUUCCAGAAAGAUGAGAUGAUUGACAUUAUUGGUGUUACAAAAGGUAAGGGUUAUGAGGGUGUGGUGACUCGUUGGGGUGUGACCCGUCUUCCCCGUAAGACUCACAGGGGUCUUCGUAAGGUGGCUUGUAUUGGUGCCUGGCAUCCAGCUAGGGUUUCUUUUACCGUUGCUAGGGCUGGACAGAAUGGAUAUCAUCACCGUACUGAAAUGAAUAAGAAGAUUUACAGGCUCGGCAAAGCUGGCAAAGAAGAACACACUGCCAGUACUGAGUUUGACAGGACUGAGAAAGACAUUACACCAAUGGGUGGCUUCCCCCAUUAUGGUGUGGUGAAGGAUGAUUAUUUGAUGAUCAAAGGUUGCUGUGUGGGUCCCAAGAAGAGGGUCGUAACUCUCCGUCAGACUCUGCUGAACCAGACAUCCCGUGUGGCGCUUGAGGAGAUCAAGCUCAAGUUCAUUGACACUUCAUCCAAAUUUGGACAUGGCCGUUUCCAGACAACUGAGGAGAAGCAGAAGUUCUAUGGGCGUAUCAAGGCCUAGAGGUUCACAUAACAAGACUCUGGGUUUUGAUACUUGUUUAUUUGGUCAAGUCAUUUUGCUGGUGUCAUAAGACUGGUAAAAUUUUGAAUUGUACGCUUGAGUUUUGUUUUCUCUGUUGUAGUUCUGAGAUUCCGGAAGUUAUAUUUUGGGACCUUGUUGCGUUUUCUUGCUGAUUGUU